CGAAGGACCUGGAGGGCUCGGCCAACGCCUACUUCGGCGCCAUCUACCACGGCGAGAUGACGGUCCCGCAGCUCGUCGAGACCAUGAAGGACUUCGCCUCGCACGACAGGGGCAGCUGGGAGCACGAGGUCUACUGCCGGGUCGUCUCUCGCCUGCUCGACGAGAGUAGGCUCUUCCCGAAGUACUCCCUGCACGACCUGAGCAUCACGGCAGAGUUCCUCGGGCUGCUAGUCAGCCACGACCUGGUGCGCGCGUCGGACCUGGACCUCGCGCACAGCUGCGUGCUGGAGGCGCUGCGGCGGCCGAUGCACUCGAAGAUGUUUCGGUUCGGAGUCCUCGCGCUGGAACAGUUUCUGGGCCGGCUGCCCGCGUUCCCCGCCUUGUGCCGGGACCUCGCGCGGAUCAACGACUUGUCCGAGGCCUUCCCCGAGUAUGGCCAGCUCAUCAGGGACGUGACGGUGGCCGCUCCCGAGGAGUCGCCCUGCGCUGGAGGCAGGCGGGCGCGCGAGGAGAGGAGGCGGCGGGCCGCGCCGGCGAAGCUCUUCCGGGUCGUGACCGACUCCGGCCACCGGGCCAUCAGCAGCCUCGCCGAGAGCGCCCCCGCCGACGGCCACCCCCGGGGCAGCGAGGGCCCCGCGGCGAUCGAAGGCUUCCCCAAGCUGAAGCUGAUGCCCCUGUACCAGGGGCCCUGGCGCCUGAACAUCUGACGGGGGCCGCUCUCUCUCGCUGCCCGCUCCGAACGAGGACAGGGUACCCGUACCGCUACCCUCCUCCUCUCCUCGGUGGCUCCUCCUCCUCCUCCUCCUCCUCCUCCUUUCCUCCUCCUCCU